UACUACUGGUUGAAAGUUGUCCGGGCAGAGUUGAGGACGUGUAGUGUGUAUAGUGAAAAGAAGGCUCGCAAAAACUUGGAUAGGAAAGUCUGUGAUCUAAACUUGCAGUCAUAGCUUGCUUGCCACAUCAUUUGAAAGCAAAAUUGUGCAUUAAGAAAACUUGCUGAGACCUGAUGCAAAAUGUCGGUUGCCGGAUUCAAGAAGCAAUUUUACAAAGCCAGUCAGCUGGUGAGUGAAAAGGUGGGAGGUGCAGAGGGAACCAAGCUCGAUGAGGACUUCAAGGACCUGGAGAGGAGAGCGGACGUGACCAGCAAGGCGGUGGUGGAUAUCAUCUCCAAGACGUCGGAGUAUCUUCAGCCCAACCCGGCCUCCCGGGCCAAGCUCACCAUGCUCAACACGGUGUCCAAGAUCCGUGGUCAGGUGAAGAGCCCGGGCUACCCCCAGGCGGAGGGCCUGCUAGGAGAGUGCAUGGCCAAGUAUGGUCGCGACAUGGGGGAGGACACCAACUUUGGUGGCGCUCUCGUCGACAUGGGGGAUUCGAUGAAGAGGCUGGCGGAGGUCAAGGACUCCUUGGACAUCGAUGUCAAACAGAACUUUAUCGACCCUCUGCAGGCCGUGGCAGAGAAGGACAUCAGAGACAUCCAGCACCACCUGAAGAAGCUGGAGGGCCGCCGUCUGGACUACGACUAUAAGAAGAAGCGUCAGGGGAAGAUCCCAGACGAGGAGCUGAGGCAGGCCCUGGAGAAGUUCCACGAGUCCAAGGACCUAGCCGAGUGCUCCAUGCACAACCUGCUGGAGACUGACGUGGAGCAAGUCAGUCAGUUGUCUUCUCUGGUGGAAUCUCAGCUGCAGUACCACAAACAAGCCGUCCAGAUACUGGAGGAGCUGUCUGACAAACUAAGGGAAAGGGUGACCGAAGCCCAGUCUCGUCCGAGGCGUGAGUACACUCCUAAACCCAAACCCUCCUUUGACUACGGGGAGCCGGAGCAGUCAAACGGGGGCUAUGCCCCUGCAGCCAGCCCUCCAGCAUAUUCCCCAGCCCCAGCCUUCAACAGAUCCUCCGUGAGGAACCAACGGCAUUCUGAGCCCUGCUGUAAGGCCCUGUAUGACUUCGAGCCGGAGAACGAGGGAGAGCUGGGCUUCCGUGAGGGCGACAUCAUCACCCUGACCAACCGCAUCGAUGAGAACUGGUUCGAGGGGACGCUCCGUGGCCAAUCGGGAUUCUUCCCCAACAACUAUGUGGAGGUGGUGGUGGCGCUGCAGCACUGAGCGCAGAGAGGAGGAUGGAGAAGGGGGGGGGGGGAGGAGGGGGGGACACGCGCAUCAUCAGUAGUCUAAAGAAGCUUCCUCCUGGCCUUUGUCAGUUACUGGCCUUAUUCAAACAGUGGAGCGCAAGUGCAUGCUUGCUAUUCCACAGCACAGGCUUUCAGUUGGCCUGCUCUUAUCGAUCUGUAGAUUUGAAUGGGUUGAAUUGAGGGGAGGAGGCGACUUAACACUGUUGAGGUGCACCCCUGCUAGGAAGGGAGCAAGGGAGAGGGGAGGGGGUAUGGGCAAUAAGGGAGUAAGUUGUCAAACAGUUGGGGUGUGUUUGUGAUAACCUAGGUCUUCGUGUUCAUUCUGGAUGCACCUGUGCACUUUUAAUACAGCACACCUCUCAGUGGGACCUGUGAAGCAAGGUUGCCUUUCUUGGUACCGUCAUUGUAAUGUGACGACGUAUCCAUGACGACGUAUCCAUGACGACGUAUCCAUGAACACUACCAUGACAAGCAUGCACGGGCAGCAACGUUCUGCUACGGUUGUUGCUUUUGAUAUCCACUACAUUAAAUUGCCUUGUCUUUUUACCAAACUGGUUUUAGGAUGUUCGACUUUAACACAAACACGUGUAUAUGUGUUUUUGACACUAUUUUUGAUGAAAGAAGUACGAGGCAACCAGCUAUCGCCUUUUUACACUUAAACUGUUAUUGUUAGGGGUGUUGAGAUGACACGGGGAACUUGGAACAAUGUUAUAGUGCCAUCUAGUGGCACUUAAGAAUAUAGUGCCUUGAUAUCUUUGUAUGGUUCUGUUUCUUUUCAGCUUGGUCUGAUGCCCAUCAGUGUCUCCUGUGUUUAAGGGUGUCCUGGCCAGGCUAGAAGAAGUGUUGCAUACGGCAGUGUGAGCCUGGUGAGCAGGCUUAGUGGCAUUAGAGAGUUUAGUUCAUUUGGGUCCUCUGAAUGUACACAGUAACUCUGCUGGUCAGGGACAGUAAUGGUGAGGUUUCUAAACACCAUCUAUGUAAGUCUGCAUUUUACAUCCUCUGCAAUAACCUGCUGCAGUUCUUCUCCUCAAUCUCCCCUCUCCAUCUCACUACUCCUUUUCUCCUCCUUUCCACUCCCCUCUUCACCCUCCUUUCAUCUCAGUUGGUUAUUGCUCUUGCCAUUUCAAUGUAGUGCCUGUCUCUAUUUCUGCCUUACACUGCCUGCCCUACAGCCAAUUACCAAAGUACUAAUCCUUCAUUUCUGUGAUAUUUGGAUGUUUGUUUGGCCUAAAAAGCCUGCUGGUCUGUGCCAGUGGCCUGUGUGCAGCCAGAACCUGCUCACUUGUGUGUGCAUGUGUGUGUGUGUGAGAUGAUACUGCUGGCAGUUUAUCUUAGUGCUUUCCCCAACUCUUGGAGAGGAGAACUGUUUGUGUUGAUGUCAGCUCUCCCUGUGUUGGUAAAUCGUGGUGGUGCCUAGGCUCCCUCCCAUGAAACUAGAAGCGACAGAUUUAUUUCAAAAUACAAAAGGCAUAAUACAGAUUAUCCCCCACCCCCACCGCUCCUCUCCCACCACCUGCCUUUGCCCAUACCCCAUCUCGGCUCUGUGCCCCUCUCUCUACCCCUUCCCACCCACAACCUCCCCACCCCCCUGUCGGUCCUUAUAAUUUGCAUUCUUCCCUACCCCCCACCAGUAGGGAACACAGGCCAGGAUGUUUCUCUUAACUGUAUGUCUUGUCCUGAACGUUUUCUGCACAGUCAGUUUGGCCAGGCCUUGUCUGUCUGUGUGUCUGUGAAUGAUGUGGUGGCUCAGGUGUGUGUGUUAACACAGCUCAUUAGUGUGAGUGAAAGGAACAGGGUGCAGGAGGGGGGAGGGGAGGGGCUCGUUUUGGGUUAGGGUUGAGCUAUUGAACGGCUCAUGUAACAUUAAUGAUGACUAAAAUAAAAGAACGAAAGGGCUAUGAUCAAUGUAUCGUGCAGUCACCACAGAUUUAGACAUUUAAAAUCCUCUCACUGUGGUUUAUGUUAUGUUUUCUUUGUUUUCACGCUACAUUUUCCGAUGGGUUUAUUUCUAGUCUGAGAUACUUUUGAUAUCAUGAAAAUAAGUAUUAUCAUGCUUAAUAAUAGCUUUAUUUUAAUAUACGAAAUAAUAAGUAUUUUGUUUGUGUUAGGUUAAAUGCUACUAUCAUGCAUGUGUCUAUAGACUGUGUCUGUCUUAAGCAAUGCCUUAUUUGAGAAUCAUUUUGUAACUGUGACACUCUUAGGAAAGUCAAACAUUGGAUUAUCCUGGACUACCUAUACGGAUUAUCUCAAAUAUUAUCUCUAUAUUUUUAUGUAUAAUCCUUGUAUUGCUAAUUUUGUUACGAUGUGAAGGGUAGAAAGGAUGCCCAUUCACGGCUUCAAAUAAAUAUGAAGUACAGUGGC